UUUACGCAAAUAAAUCCGCUUGUUUGUUUUGUUGUCUAAUAAUUAGGUAUUUAGGCGAAAUUCUUUGUUCUAAUUAUUAUUUGGAUUGUUUUAUAUUGUUUUUUCUAACAGAGCCCAUGCGUUGAGUCCUGUUUGGUACCAGCCAGAGACACCGUUCCAAAUUUAAACUCAUUGUUCAAAUAAAGAACGUCAAUUAUCUAAUGGUUAGUGAUAACUGGCCAGUGUUAAGUGAAUUGUGAAAGACGUUGGACCAUAGACAAGUGUUGUGUUUUUAGACAAAAGUUUUAGUGUUAAUGAUUGUUAAGGAUUUUUUGAGUGAAAAUGGGGAAAAAGAGAAAGAAUAGCGCUAAGAAAGGAGGCAACAGAUUUUUUCGCUGGAUCAGGAGCGACUUACCAGAUGAAGAGGACAAGAAAUCCCCCGUCCUGCUCUUAGGCGUGAACAAAAUAUCAGAUUCACCGUUCGUUCGUCGACGAUCCACCGAACCUCACACGACUGGCUCCAUCCGGUUCUUCAGACCACCCAAGUCAAAGUACACCCGCGGUCUCCAUGGAGACGAAAGACUGGAGAAGAUCAGGCAAGACCUUCAGACACACAAACAAAGACCAGAUAGGUACAUUCCAGACAAACAUGAAGUGUCUUUAGAGCCCGAAGACAAAAACUGUCUCAGACUCAGCUGCGUCGGAAAUUGUAUCUGUGAUAGAAAGAGAUCAUCCAACCGAGGCUCUUUCUCUUUCCAUCGGCCCGACCGAACUUCGGAAAGCUUUACCACUGAGAGGAAAGACUCAGAGAGCGAUAUCGAGUUUAAAUAUACCGAGCACAUUCCUGAUACCGAACCUUGUACGAGUAAACAAAAUUCCUACAAUAUCACUCCUAAAUCGACUGAACGCCGACAUUUCCUGCUCGCAAAUCUCAAUGAGCGAUUUCGGAAGACUCUCAGCUUGGAUUCUCGCAAGAUAGAAACCAAUCGAGUGCCGCUGAGUCUGCCGAAGGAAACUCGGCCUAAAUCCCUUGUGAACACUAGUAAUAUUUGCGUGCAGCAAUUUAAAACCGGCGAUCCAUUCGCGAAUACCAAUUUUGAUAAGACUAAUAACCAACCUAAGAAGAAGCGGAAAUCGUUUUUCUCCCUAGACGCAUUCUUUGAUAAAAAAUCUGACACGUCAUCCGUGGAUGACUACUGCUCCUCUAAAUAUAAACGUUUUGAGUUGGAAAGCGACGACUCACCGCUCUUCAGGCGUGAUCUCUCCAAAAAUCGCGAGAAAACACCAGACCUUCUCAAUCUCCCUGUAAUCAUCGACUCAGUUCGGAAAAAGCAAUCAGAUACUAAAAGACAGUUGGAGAAAUUAGAAAGCCAUUUCUAUAGGAGUUUAAACAAACAAACGGUUAUAGACGCGGUCCCUAAAGACGCGACCGACGUACAAGGGCCCAGCGGACAUACCAAUCACAUAUAUGUCGACGAUGACGACGUAGAAUACAUUGAGCCGAUACGCAGCAACUUUACCAGUCAAAGCACGCUUAUUCUAGAUAAAAAUCUAACUGGAGAUCUCACUUUAAAGCCUGAUUCUAUUCUAACUAUUAACACAGAUGAAACUGACAUAAAACUGCCUAGUUCGACCGUUUCUCCUAAGUCUAAUGAGGUUAGGAUUAUUGAUAAUGAUCUGGACAGCAUAGGUGCUUAUGAAGUGGAGGUGAAGGAAUCUGACUUGCUUAAAGCCUGUGCUAAGGAACUGACUGUUAAAGUCAUGGACAAAUCCGUGGACUCGAUCGGUAGUUGCUCGCUGGACGUGGACGCUAGCACAGACUUCUCAGAUACAACAUCCGGUAGCCUGAAUCUGCUGACGCCUUCGUCCACAACCAGCCGCGUCCGGGACUUCACCUCCCGCAUCCAGGAGCGGGCCUCCGCACAUCACCUUAGCAGCCCCCGCCCCACCCCCAUCAUCACCCCCGCCCGCACCCCCGAGGAUCUCACCCCCACCCCCAAGAGAUCUGACAACUUACUCAAACCACCCCCUAAAGUACACGUCGACUCGGGCAGCCAUCGCUCAAGAGGACACCAUAAGAAGCGAGACGAAAUACCACAUAAAAAACCCUCUUAUUUGAAUUUAGCGUGCUCCGUCAACGGAUAUACUAAUUUAACCACUUAUGACUCUAAAUUAAGACAGGAUAUCAAUAAGAGUCGAGAAGCUUCACCUAUACGACCUAUCACCCACACUUACCAGUACAAAAGCGAGAAUAACUCCCUCCUGGUCCCGGUCCCGGUCAGCGCCAAUAAGCUGUUGGUCCCCACCUUCGGACCUCAUGAUACUCGCGCCGAUUUGACAGCGAAAGCGCCUGCCAAGGCGCACACGGACCCUUACCUCGCCACGUCACCGUCACAUGCGUUCAUGGCGGCCGAAAACAAGCAGCUUAAGAACGACUUCCUAGGUCCCAGCAUGACGACAACCAGCAGAACUUUCAUGUCUACAGAGAGCAAGUCCUUCGCGACUGCCAUGCUUCACAAAACUGACGAAGUCGACAAUGCCACCUUCAAGUCCAGCUACUCUGAAACCAACUUCAGAAAAACCAGCAAUGGAAAGGAAUCCCGCUUUAUGAAUUCCGAAUCUUACACCAUCUCAUCUAACGGAGUCUCUAAGAGGAUGGAAAUUACGAAGGAGAAUGGAGAGACUUUAACGAGUCCCAUGAAGAGCUUUAUACAGCAAAGAGUCGAAAGAUUGUACGGACCAGGAGCGCUAGCUCAAGGCUUUUUCAAUCAGAAACGUCAAUCUAGAAGCGAAGAUGAAGAAUCUAGAAUACUCACCGAGAAAUCUCUGAAUUGUUCCCACUCGUACUCACACAGGCGAUCUAGUGAUGAAAGCGAUUUUAGUACCAACGGAGAUGAGCCUAACUUACCUGUCCUGAGGCAUUUAAGGCCCGAGUUCCGAGCCCAGCUGCCUAUAUCGUCUCCGAAGAAGAAUUUCAAGGCCGAAUCCCCGAAGGCAGACAUUCCCACGCCCGAGAAGACUGAAGAUGUGAAAGUUGUAACCAAUGGUGUAUCUGUGAUAAGUGUAGACAGUGAGUUAGUUAAUGAAGUGAAGGAGAGUAACGGAGUGAGUGUGAAUGGGGGGGAGGUGGUGGAGGACGCCCACUACUUCUUGGGCCUGGAGAAGAGAGAGACUGAGCGGCUGAUCGCCUUGGCGGUGACUGCUGAGAAGGAGUUGGAGAAUUUACAGGAAGACCAGGUGAGCGAGGAGGUGCUGGGGCUGCUCCGCUCGGCCUCCGGCAAGGCGCGCCUGCUGGCCACGCAGAAGAUGCAGCAAUUCCAGGGCCUCUGCUACAACAACAUAAACUCGCGCGGCGACGAACAGUUCCCCACCACCGUGUCCGACCUGCGCGGGUUCUGGGACAUGGUGUGUCUGCAAGUCCGCCAUGUGGACGCGUUGUUCGACCAGCUGGCCGCGCUGAAGAACAACGGAUGGAGAGAGACCGCAUCGCCCGCCCCGUCCACACCGGUAGCGGCGCCCCCCCGCGCCCGCCCCCGCGCCGCCCCGCAGCCGCAGAACGAGAAGGCGCGCCUGGCGGCCGAGAAACGCGAAGCCGAUAGGAAGGCCAUGCUGGAACACAGGAGGCGCGUGGCGCGCGAGCGACAGCAGGCGGGCCCGAGCCGCGUGCAGCAGGAUAUGGGGCUCGAAGGCAGCCAGGAAGUGGAGAUAUUCGUGGGCAAGACGAGCAAGCCAUCGAAGGUCCAGCCCCUGGGUGACUGCCGGAGCAACCAGUCGGAAGACUCCAUUCAGAGCUGAUUCCACAACUGAGUAAUUAUCAUAUUCAU